AGCUUAAUUCAGAAUAACUAAGGAAUUCUUGCAUUUCUUGUAGCAGAUGGACAUUCCCCCAAGCAGCCAGUAUCCAGCGCGUAGCAGCGCCAGUCACAUUCUUUUAGAAGAAAUUGAACACGAAGCGGAAAACGAAGAGACGCGCGAGCGCGAUGUCCAUUUCUUCUUGCCGUCCACCAAUCCACAGUCACGUCGCUCAUCCGCGGACGACGCGGCACAAAUGAAUUCGCGACCGCGAUCCUCCGCUUUCAGCAACAACCCCGGAUCCAGUUCCAGUCCCAACGGGCGGAUGCUGUUGGUGCACACGUUCCCUUUGAGCGCUCAGUCGGGACCGUCGCAGACGCUGCUGCUGCCGCGCACCAAUGUUACUGGGAAUCGCGUGCUGGCUGCGUGCCGCGAUGACAGCAUGCGUUGUGCGUACUUCCAUGAGGAAGAUGUGGGAGGCGACGAAUUGGUGGUGGUGCCCAAGAGCGCCCUAAUCAGUUCAUUUCCUCUGGAGAAACCCUGGAAAGUGGGAGCGAUGAGCGUCAAAACGGCUGAUCCUUCCGUGCCAGGAUGCGUGGAUCUUGUUGUGUGUCUGGCGUAUUUACCGAGGCAGAAGGAUGGUGCUGCAUUUGUGGAUAGCGACAAAGCGCCAAAAUCCAUCCUCAUCGCUGCUUGGAUGCAACCCGAAGACUUGGCAAUGGAAAAACCGGUGUUGGCACACGUUCAUCUUGGCUUUACUCCUCACGGUUGCAAUCAGUUAAUUUGGUGGAAAGAUUUAGAAAAACUUGAAGAAACUACCGCGAGAAUUAUAAUUCCCAGCCAGGAAGAUGCACUAUACUGCCUUGAAUUGCCACGAACUCUACCGCAAACCGACAAUAUGCCUUUGCAUGUCCAAGAUGCUAGCAGCGUUGUUCCCUUGUUUUCCAAAAUUGGACCAUUGUCGUGUGUGAAUGCUAUGGAAUACUUCGAUCAGUCGGACAAGCGCUACAUUGCUGUAUCCACUGGACCUAGCGCUUCCAUCCGGUUUGGAUACUAUUCAGUAGCUAGUGAAGAAUGGUAUCCGAUGUGGGAAGUGCGGCACGAUUCCAUGACAUCUCGUAUGAGAUUCUUUCAGGAUGGCAAUAAAGUCCAUUUGUUGGUGAUUGGAUUGUUGGAAGUGGCCAUCAUAUACCUGAAUGUGUCGGCAGAGCUUCGUCCAAAGUCCGUUGUACUCCCAAAAAGCAAACACUUUGAUGUCGUUACCAGCUGUGAUAUUGUUUCUGGAAAUGGCGGAUCACGACCGGAAAUUUUCCUUGGAACGUAUGGUCGGAGCGUUCUGGUGUACCAGUUUGACGAAGUCAAUCCAGUCCUUUCCUACGUCCUGGAGACUGCAUGCCCUGUUUACUACCUAGCCGUGGCGGAUAUGCUGCGAUCCAUGCAAACCAGUGCUCAGAAAGAGUUAGUAACCGUUGUAGUUACACAAAAAGCCAUACAGGUUUAUUGUUUGGUUUAACUGCUUUCGCGCUACUAUCUGACCGAACGUCAAGGUUUUUGUUUCUUCUUGGCGUAAAAUGGGAGAAGGAUUUGACGAUCGUGCUUGCAGAGAAGUGAUAAAUUUUAUUUAAACUCUUGUCUUUACUGGCGUAGUUUGAUGUUUUGUUCUUUUUAUUUUUUUAUGCCUACAUGAAUUGAAGCUCUUUAUUUAAAAACCGUCUGUCGAAGUUUUCAUUUGAAAGGACAGAAAGCAGCA